AAUUGGGAAGAAGCCACCGCUUGGGAAGCAAAGCUCGGCUAUCCGUCCGAGAGCAACGGCGCGAGCUUACUAAAAGCUCCGUCGUUCCCGACGCCGGUGGCGAUUCAAGACGACCACCGCCGUCUUCUUCGCUCUCUCCGUCGCGGGUCUUGAGCAUUCGUCUCUCUCGCGGAGCACCGAGUGACGUGACGAAGCUGACGCUGCAGUCGAGAGUUGCAGGUUCCCGUAAGCAGUGAGCUGCGCACUAUAUUACGUCAGUCAAAACUCGUGGGUUGACUUCCCGGUUCUUGAGCCUUUAAGUUCUGUGAACGCUCGCGUGUCGUUCCUGGCCACAUCCUGAGCUGCUCGCCGUAAUUGGGUUUGAAUCAGGCGGAAUGAAUUGGGUGGGCGCACUCUUGAUUUAGCUGACUUUCGCCAUCAUACGGAAGUUCCUUUCACGCUGCAGCUCUGAGAGAAUAGUCAGAGAUCGACAGUGCUUGAUUUGACUGGCAAUGUUUAGAAAGUCAAAUCAAAGCGUAUGAUCUUCAUCGACAACUUUAUGUGGCCAUAAAUGCUGAUUGCAAGCAUCGGGAGUUAGGGUGCUAACAUCAAGCAAUUUGAGCUCGCUCGCUCGCUCGCUCGCCAAAGUGUGAUAUUGAGUAUUGCAGAUUCUCGCGCCUGAAGACAUUACAAAUUCCACAACCAUUUGUCGAGAAGCCAAACUGAGACGAAUCAAAGCAGAGACGAGAAUCGCCAAGACCCAUGGGGGAAGAAGAUGUUUACACGAAAGAUGGAACGGUGGACUACAAAGGUGACCCUGCAAACAAAAAGAAAACUGGAACAUGGAAGGCCUGCCCCUUUAUUCUAGGCAAUGAAUGCUGUGAAAGGCUGGCAUACUAUGGCAUGAGCUCCAAUCUGGUGCUUUACUUCAAGCUCCGCUUGCAUCAACACAGUACAACCGCUUCUAACAAUGUAACGAACUGGGCAGGAACGUGCUACAUAACUCCUUUGAUUGGAGCUUUUUUUGCCGAUGCCUAUCUAGGGAGAUAUUGGACCAUAGCAUGCUUCUCGAUUAUCUAUGUUUUCGGGAUGACACUGCUGACGCUCUCGGCAUCAGUUUCGGGACUAAAGCCAACCUGUACAGGGAAAGAUAAUUGCCAUGCUACGGAUAUCCAAAGCGCAGUGUGCUUCAUAGCACUCUAUCUCAUAGCCCUGGGGACUGGAGGGAUCAAGCCUUGUGUCUCAUCCUAUGGAGCCGAUCAAUUUGACGAUGCUGACGAGGCCGAGAAGAAACGCAAGGGUUCUUUCUUCAACUGGUUCUAUUUCUCAAUCAAUGUAGGCGCACUCAUUGCGGGCUCUUUUUUGGUCUAUAUACAAGACAAUGUGGGGUGGGGAUUGGGUUUCGGCAUUCCAGCUGCUGCUAUGGCAAUCGCAGUAUGUACUUUCUUUUCAGGCACGCGCCUUUAUCGUAACCAAAAGCCUGGAGGGAGCCCCCUCACCCGCCUCUCUCAAGUGGUGGUGGCAUCCUUCAGAAAAUAUCGAGUGGAAGUACCAGCUGACAAGUCUCAACUAUAUGAGACUGCAGAUGCCGAGUCUGCAAUCAAAGGAAGCCGAAAGCUCGAUCAUACCCAAGAUUUGAGUUUCUUUGACAAAGCUGCUGUGGAAACACAAACCGAUCACGUUAAGGAUCCCGUGAAUCCAUGGAGGCUGUGCACCGUCACCCAAGUGGAGGAGCUAAAGGCGAUCAUACGGCUGCUUCCUGUAUGGGCCACUGGAAUCGUCUUUGCCACUGUGUACAACCAGAUGGGUACCUUGUUCGUUUUACAAGGCUAUACUAUGGACCCUCAUGUUGGAAACUCUACCUUCGAAAUUCCAGCAGCCUCUCUCUCUAUCUUUGACACCCUCAGCGUCUUAUUCUGGGUCCCUGUAUACGACCGCAUCAUUGUUCCAGUGGCAAGGAGAUUCACGGGUCACAAAAGUGGUUUGACCCAACUGCAGAGAAUGGGGAUUGGCCUCUUCAUAUCCAUCUUCGCCAUGAUAUCGGCAGCAAUACUGGAGGUCGUUAGACUUAAGAUGGUAAGGAGGCAUGACUACUACGAUUACAAGUACGUACCAAUGUCAAUAUUCUGGCAGGUCCCCCAGUACUUCCUCAUCGGCUGUGCAGAAGUGUUCACGUUCGUUGGCCAAUUGGAGUUUUUCUACGAGCAAGCGCCUGAUGCCAUGAGGAGCAUGUGCUCCGCUCUCUCGCUUACCACAAAUGCACUUGGAAACUACUUGAGCUCAGUCCUUGUGACUAUUGUCACAAGAAUUAGUACAAGACACGGGAAACUGGGAUGGAUACCGGACAAUCUGAACUAUGGUCACCUCCAAUACUUCUUUUGGCUCUUGGCGGUCCUCAGCGUGAUCAACUUGGGAGUUUAUCUCUUAAUAGCGAAGUGGUACACGUAUAAGAAGGCGGUGGGGACGCUCCGCUGAAAGUGCAGGUCUCGUCCACCCUAGGAACUCGUAUCCACAGUAACCUCAGUUUGUUUGUGACUAUAAUAGAUGUCUUUGAUUGGGCAUCUGCUUCACUGGUUCAAGCUAAAGAAUGGCCUGCCUGGAGUACAUAAUUCCUAUUUCCGUCGGUGUGCAUGAAAAAACAGUUCUGUGUAGGUUAUCGAUUGCUUCGUUGUGUCGUUGGGCAAUCUAUUUUAUCGUGUCAGCUUUUCACGUCGGAUUGAGCUUAGAGCGCCAUGCAAAAGUUGCUUUUCCUGCAGUCCUA